AUGGGAAGUAAUUGCACAAAAGGUGAUUCUGAUGAGAAUAUUAUUAGACCAAGAUUUACUAUAGGAAAAGAAUAUCAAGAACUGCCAAAUCAAUUCACAGGAGAAGGAGUUUUGAAGACCAUUUCAUGAAAAGCCACAAUCACAAGGCAACAACUAGAAGCAAAAAGAAUAGAAUUUUGGAGAACCAGAUCAACCGGCCGAAGACAUAUCUGACUUGCAAUAAAAAGUGCUAUCGAAUCUGAUCCGGCAACAGCAAAAUUAUUAUUGGAAAUGAAUGAGAUCAAGCUAAAAAACGACAGCAUAACUCAUUGUGAAGAUGCUCACGGGACAAUCUAUGACAUUCCUCCUUAUAUUGUAAAUGAUCCCAUCUAUUUUCCCAACGAAAAAAAAGUGAUGGUCCCUAAGCCUUCUUUGAUAGAAAAUGAGCUCAUUACGCUAAAAAUUAGAAGAACUGGAAAAGAGCAUGACACAGAAAUUCAGAUUGAGACAAAAAACCUUUCCCGAGUCCUUAAAGAAAUAUAUGCAGAAAAAGAUGGGCUUGAUCCAGAAACUCUAACUCCCCCCCCCCAUCCUUGAUCGAACGAUUGACUGUAAAAAUUCCUAAAAAUUGGGGAAAUUAACCCCCAUCCUUGAUCGAACGAUUUUCAUAUCAUGCAAAUUUUUUAUAUAUAUAAAAAAUAUAUAUUUUAUCAAAAGCUUGUGAAGAUGUACAUAAUGAAGUUGUUUUCAGAGGCUUUGAGACGACAGAAAGCUGCGGAAUCAACCAUCCGAAGUGAUUUAGUCAUUAACAUAUGCUUAAAAACUCAAUAAUCUAAUAAAAUACAGAUUCUUUAAAAUUUUUUUAAAAAAAAAUUAAUUUAAUAAGGAACAAAUUAAAAAUUUAUACAAUUUAAAGGGGUAACUAAUAAAUCAAAAUAUUAAAAAUUGGUAUUUUAUGAAAUAAAUUAAAUUUUUUACCCUCUUAUUUAAAAGUAAAUAAAAAAAAAUAUCUAUAUAUUUUUUUAUUUUAUAUAUAAAUUUUUUUUCCCGAAAAAUUUUUUUUUAACCCCCAUCCUUGAUCGAACGAUGGCGAGUCCUUCGAUCAAGGAUGGGGGGGGGAGUAAGAUUAUUUUUUAGUGGAAAAGAACUGAAGGAUGAUCAAGCGUUAUCAAGUUAUUAUGUCAGAAAUGAGAUGGUAAUUCAAGCUUACACAAAUAAAAUGGCGACGACACCGACCCGCCCUCUCCCGAACCUGUAGUGUGAUUGGGGACCUUGCUGCGGCCUGAAGCCAAUCCACUCACUCCCCCCCCUUUUAAAUUGGAACAAAAUAUAGGUAAAAUUUCCACUUUUUUGGUAAAUUAACCCCCUUUAAAUUGGAACAAAAUUUAAUUUUAUAAUAAAAAAUUGUAUAUAUAUAAAUCAUAAUUUUUAUGUAAAAAGUUUUGAUAUAAUUUAAAUGUUUCUUCUUAACUAAAAUUAAAAAUUUAGUUAUAUCCUGCUCUUGUUAAAAGAAUAGAGUAUAAAGAACAUCUUAUUUAAAUAAAUUUAUUAUCCUUAAUUGUAAAUUUUUAAAAAAAUUUAAUUUUUUUUAUUUUAAAAUAUUGUUAAAAAAAUUUUAUUUUUUUUGAUAAAAAUGAUAUUUUUUAUUUAAAUAGCUUUGAUAUAAAUUCAAUGCGAAUUCUUUACAAAAAUUCAAAAUUUACUUAUCUUUUGCUUUAUUUUAAAGAAUAGAGUAUAAAUAACAUCUUAUUUAAACAAAAUUAGCACACUUUGAUUAAUAAAUUUUCUAAAAUUUUUUUUUUUUAUUUUUUUUUUAUCAAUAAAAAUAAUAAUUUUUGUGUAAAUAGUUUUGAUACCAAUUAAUAGUGGCGUAUUAAUUAAUAAUAAAAUUUUAGUUAUAUCUUGCUUUGUUUUAAAGGAUAAAGAGUAAAUAGCAAUUUAUUAAACAAAUUUAUUAAUCUAAUUCGAUAAAUUUUUGAAAUUUUUUUUUUUUUUAAAUUUUACAUAAAUUUUUUUUUUAUUAAAAAUUUUAUAAUGAUUUUUUUUAAAAAAAGAAUUUAACCCCCCUUUAAAUUGGAACAAAAUUUUUAGUUCCAAUUUAAGGGGGGGGGGAGUCAGGGAAAGGUCUAGCAUGGGUACUGGUAUUUGUGUCCGGCUAGGUUUCCCUCCCGGUCCAGCAAUGACGAUUUUCGGAUCGUCCCGACGGGACAUGGGACAAAAAAGGGUUUUCCUCUAGGGGCUGCUGGUACCCAAAUCGGACUGCACAGCAGAUGCCGAUAAGAGCUAGGGAGUUAAUCCCUAGCUCUAACUCUAGUCGACGACGUGAAACAUGGUGACCCAGUCCGCCUACUUCCGGAAUUUCAUGACCAAGCCCCAUGACCGAAGGAGCCGAGUAGUAGCCUGUGGCACUUAGGUGUACACUGGGAGCAGGGCAAGGAAAGCAAGCGAGGCGACCAAAAGGAGGAAGAAAAGGACCUACGGUCCUGGCCGGAAGCUACUCAAUAACAUAUAAUUAAGAUUAAGAUUAAGGUAGUUCAAGCUUUUGUAAGAGCAAGCUAA